AGUGGAGAUACGAGGGCAGGUGCCAAUCAAUGGCCGCGUGAGACUGGAAUUUCAAGCUUGCAGAGACGUAUGGCAGCGUAAAUUCGUUGGUUUGUUGGAGAGGUGCAGAAGAAUUGAGUGGAUUCAGUGGUUUUUGGGGGUUGCGGGACCUUGGGAAGCGGCAAAAGUGGGUCUGCUGAGAUUUCUGGGCAGGAGAAUGGCUGAUGUGCCGAUGAACAUGGGCUCCAACAGGAAAAUGUCAUUCGGGUUUUCCAAUAAACUCAAUGGCAUCGAGGGGAAGACUCCCUUCCUCAUUGGGGUGUCUGGAGGCACUGCCAGUGGAAAGUCAACAGUUUGCAAGAGAAUAAUGGAAAAACUGGGUCAAGUGGACAUGGAUCAUCAGGAGCGUCAGGUGGUGUGCAUAUCGCAGGACAGUUUCUACAGAGAUCUGACACCAGCUGAGAAGCUGCGAGCCGAGAAGGGCCAAUACAACUUCGAUCAUCCUGAUGCCUUUGACAAUGACCUCAUCCUCCAAACGCUGCAGGACAUCCUCGCUGGGAUCAAGUGUGAAAUACCAGCGUAUGACUACAGAACUAACAGCUUAAUUAAAGACCAAAUUACGACGAUUUAUCCGGCUGACGUUGUACUCUUCGAGGGAAUUCUAGUCUUUUAUUUCCCUAAGAUUAGGGAUUUGUUUCACAUGAAAUUGUUUGUCGAUACUGACUCCGAUACCAGACUCGCUAGGAGAGUGCCAAGAGACAUCAAAGAACGAGGGAGAGACCUGGAUUACGUAUUGAAUCAGUACAUGAACUUCGUAAAGCCAGCGUUUGAGGAAUUUUGCUUGCCGACUAAAAAAUUCGCCGACGUCAUCAUCCCAAGGGGUGCAGACAACACAGUGGCGAUAGAUUUGAUAGUCCAGCACAUAAGGGACUUCCUGGGGAAUCGCGGUCGAGUCACUGUAGAGCCUGAGAGUCCUGUUAAUCGAGGAGAGAGCCAUUUCAAGAGGCCGCAUUAAAUAGUGAGAAAUACGCCAAUUUCUUUAGUUCAAGAAUUACUCAGAGAACAGAGGAACACGCAUUAAAAAAUUUAAUAGAAAAACCUAGCAUUUUCUCUAACAAUUUCUAUAGAAUUUCUCCUGGAAUUCCCUAAGAAUUCUCUUCUGCAUUUUAUUUAUUUCCCAUAAUAAAAUUCAAGGAAAAAACUUGGAAAAUUCCUGUCCAAGAAUUUUUAUAGGAAAAAUCCCAAGAAAAUAAAUUGUACAGUUGUAUAACUUUUAAUGGAAUUUAGUGCGAAAAACGGAGAGAAUUAUUCAGUAGAAUUCAAUAGAAUUUCUUCGAGAAAGCCAUAGGUUUUUCUGUUAAUUUUUUUCAUACGUCGAUUAUUGUACUCAUGAUUGAUAUUAUAAAUCAAAUGCUUUAUGACAUUAUUUUCGUGUAAUUUCUAUCUUCAAAAGUUGAAUUGCGAAAUGGUAAAGAGACCACAUCAGAGGAACUCAUAAUUGACGAAUUAAUCGGUUCAGAGAAAUUAAUUGAGAGAUUAUGUAAAUAAUUGCAUGCACAAAACGACCAAAGGUCUUCUGCAAUUCUAUAUAAAAGUGUAAGGAAUUCGCUAUAAAAUUCUGUUGGAUUUCUAUCGAAAAUUCUAUUAGUUUUUAACCAGUUCUGUUGAAAAAUUCGGCAGCUUGAU